AUGAACAACACAGCAAACCUGACGUCUCAUCAAGAUUUGUGGCGCAAUGUGACGGUUGCAAACACCACCUCAUUUUACCAUCCUGUUGUGGACCCAGUGAUUGGCAAUGUCAUUACAGUAAUGUUUACAAUCAUAAUCAUCAUCACCAUGGUUUCACUUGGAUGCACCAUGGAGGUGUCUAAGAUCAAGAAUUACAUCAUGAAACCUAAGGGGUUGGCUAUUGCAGCUAUGGCCCAGUAUGGGAUCAUGCCUCUUACAGCCUUUUGCUUAGUUAAGGGGUUCCAGUUGAGUGAUAUAACAGGUGUGGUUGUUCUGGUAUGUGGCUGCUGUCCUGGAGGAAUUUUCUCCAACUCCAUGGCUCUGGCUAUACAGGGGGACAUGAACCUCAGCAUCGUGAUGACUUCCUGCUCUACAAUGUUGGCUCUGGGUAUGAUGCCUCUCCUGCUCUACAUCUACUGCCAGGGUUUCCCCAGUGUGCAGAACGCUGUUCCUUAUGGUGAAAUUAUGUUAUCGUUGGUCUUGAUACUUGUCCCGUGUAGCAUCGGCAUCGUCAUCAAGACCUACAGGCCGCAGUACUCGAAGAAGUUCACGAAGGUAGGCAUGAUUAUAAUGCUGAUUAUACUUGUGGGGACCUUGAUCUUAAUCGCUAUUGGAAGCGGACAUAUCAUCCUGACUAUGAUGUCUCCUUCACUCUUGGCCAUCGCUGGUCUCAUGCCUUUGAUAGGCUACAGCUUUGGAUACGUCUUCUCUUCAAUCUUCAGACUCAUCCACAAGGAGCGGAGGACCGUUUCCAUGGAAACAGGUUGUCAGAAUGCCCCGCUGUGCACCACCAUAUUGAAGGUAGCCUUCCCUGUCGAAGUGGUGGGUCCUCUGUAUCUAUUCCCGACAGUCUACUUGGUGUUUCAGUUGUUGGAGGCGGCGGUAAUCAUCAUACUGUUUAGAUGCUACCAAAGGUUCAAGAGAAAGGAAAAAGGUUGA